UUUCAGAAUUAAGACUCCCCAGGUCUUUUUCCCACGCCCGUUUCUUUUCUCAAAAAGAGGGGGCAUGGCCGCCCCGGCGUCGCCGCACUGUUCCCAGUAAAGACGCCCACUCCUUCCCUUCCCCCUCCCAUCGACCUCUCCCCUCCGUCGUCUCCCCCAGGAGCAUCCGUGUCUUCACCUUUUGUUCCCCCACGUUGAUCCUUGAUCCUCGUGCUCCCUUUCUUGAUUCUUUCUCCCGAAGGAUCUCUUGCUAGGAGUAGCCUGCCCCGUGUGCGCGCUCGCACGGACAUGCUUCUUGCCGCGUCUUGAAAGGGGAGAAAAAGUGGAGAUGGGUACUUGCGCUUCGGUUCACAAGGACCCGGAGUACCCCAAGAAGCAGUUUCUUGACUCGCCCACCAAGGCGAAGACAGCCAACGGGAAGGGCGGCGGCGGCGGCGUUGCUCCGGUUGGUGAUGGCUUUGGUGAUCUCAAGUCCAAGGUCGACGCUGAGCAGCAGCGGGCAGAGUUUAACCCCAAGAGCCCGGAUUCUGGUAGCAAGGAUGAAGUGUUCUUCGAGUCUCGAGCUUGGUUAGAUUCUGACUGCGAGGAUGACUUUUACAGCGUGAAUGGAGAUUUCACACCAUCUCGUGGCAGCACACCCAUCUACCAGCCCAGAGCACAGACGGUGAUGAGCAACAUCUUUCAACCAGACACGCACAGCUCCAAAUCACCAGAGCCUUCUCCAACUGGACGGAGGAAGCUAGCUGAGCUCCUGCAGGAGGCAAUGCAAGACGGCCCUGAAGAAAGCACCGACGAGCAGCAGCAGUUGCAAUCUGUUGUCGCAGAUGGGAAGCCGGUGUCUGAAUCCACAUCCAGCUCCGCUUGCAGCACUGUACCGACGCCGACGGCAGUCGACAAGAGCAGGAAGGAGAAGGCAUGGUAUACUGGACGCUGUUGCCUGCCGAGCUUUGUUCAUAGCCUGACCUUAGAUGAGAGUGAGAGGGGGCAGAAGAUGAGCUCUAGGCAAUGUGCUGUUUGACAGUGGGGCUCAAGUGCCCUCCUGCCCUGAGCUGUAUUUACCGGAUUGGGACGCUGAAGAGUACUAUAUAUGCAUAUCCUUAGUAAUCAAGUGGAUAAUAUAGCAGUACUCGUUAAAUGCUGUGCACACCAUGUUAAUCAAUUGUGAGGGCAGCGAAUGGUCCUUACCUGUGCAUAUAUCUUAUCGAAUCUUUAUGGAUAUAUAAAUAUAUAUACUUUUCAGAUGUCAACAGCCAGCUGAGCUAAGGCAUGUGGCAUGUAGGAUAAUACCUUUCUACAGUUCCUACAA